AUAUAUAUAUAUAUAUAUAUAUAGUUGUAACGCUCGCGAUUUACUUCGUCUUAUGUUAUAACGGUUGGGUUUCCACCUACACGUAUGGGACGUUGAUUUACCUUAAACGAUUAUCUACACUAGACCCCUCCCAGUGUCUAAUCUACAGGACGUCAACACAACUAAGAUCAAGAACAUGUAAUUGACCUGACCACAACGUAAAUAUAUUUGCACACUAAAACCCAUCACAAUCCACAACAAUGAACAAACAAUAGUAAGUGUGUUCCAAUGAUAAGAAUAAAGGAAUAUAUAACUCAUCUGACACAUGUCAGACUAAGCAGACAACCAAUCAUGAUCACCCUCGACCACACAUCACCUCCCUCGCGAAGUUUGGUCGUAUGACUUCACUUUUGGGUCUAUUUGAAAAGAUCUCUUUUGUUUUCAUUCCCUUGAUGAUCUUCGUCUAGCUUCUGAUUUCAGCUCAUUUUUUCUCAUUUCAACUUGUAGUGGGGGUUGGAUAUUAAAUAUAUCACAUAAUACUUCCAUUGGUAAAACUUUAGGUUAAGAUGACUCAUAAACAUUUUUUCUGUCUCGCAGUUGAUUGAUGUGUCUAAUAAUUAGUGUAUUUUCGACCAUCACUUUAUACAGUACGGUCCUACGUCUUUUUUUAAUACAUCUAAAUAUCCAUCGUGGCUUGCCAGGCCGGAAAUCACAUGGGUAGACUGAGUCAUCUGCUUUAAAUUCUCGAGUCUUCGGGCCAUUCCCUUCCUUAUUUUUUUAUAGUCAAUCAUUCUGUCUUUCGGGUUCAAAACAUUAAAAAAAUGUUCUAAUUGGUCAUUUUUUUAAUGUUUUGAACCCGAAAGACAGAAUGAUUGACUAUAAAAAAAUAAGGAAGGGAAUGGCCCGAAGACUCGAGAAUUUAAAGCAGAUUUAGUUUUCAGUUUCAAAUUUUCCAUAAACUUGCGUUUAAAUGUAUUUUGUAUAUAUUGGUUUGACAUCGCAAAAGUUAGACUUCAGAAUUUGAGUAUAUGGAAGAGAAAAGCAAUUCAAGUGUUUUCGUGGCCUCCUUAUCAAAAGAUGUAAAGAGUUGGAAAUAUCGUAACAACCAUUCCAAGUUUAUCACCUCAACUCCAAUUAAUUGUCAAAAUCAUCGGAAUAUUUCAUCCGUAAAACAGGAAUCGAGGAUCUCGUUUUCAAUAAAUGAACGCCUAACAAAUUUAUUAAAUAAAAUUCUUCCUUUAAAAAAGAAAUGGAGCACAAAUUUCCAUCAGUCAUGUAUUGUUUUCACAAAUCUAGCUUCAAAUAUUUGUAAAAUCCUAUCAGGUUCAUCAUCCUUUGAGAAUCGUGAUGAUUUUGUCACUUAUGGAUUGUGUAAUCUAUAUUUAAGUGAUAAUUUAGAACAAAUGACAAAACUUCGUGAUGGUCAAAUUUUGGAAACCUAUUAUGAUAAACUAAAUGAAUGUAUAAAAAAUAUGGAAGAUUGUGGCGUACAGCUAAUUUCUGUGCUAGAUCAAUUGAAUGCUUUGAGAAAUCUAAGUCAAAAUGAAUCAAUUUACCAGCAGUAUGCCACAUGCCAGUCGACAUUAGACUCAUCCGUCAAGAUAAGAAGUUGUUCUACACUAGAUGGUAACAGUUUGUCUACUUUAAAUUCUACUCGCUCAUAUCCAUCAACAUCAUUAAAACAACAAACACAACAACGAAACUUAAGUGGAACUUACUUAUACGAAGUAUUGAACAUUGAAAUAAAUGGACUAAUCAAUCAAAUUGAACGUGAUUCAAGCAUUCGAAAAUAUUUGGUGAAAAUUAUAUUACCUAGCACUUCACAUUACUUUCAAGCGAAUACUACUGUUCAGGAUUAUGAUAAUGUUGUCCUAUUAAAAUUUGUGUCCAUUUGGCGUCAUUUUGGACAAUAUGUUUCAUGGUUUACUGUUAUAUCAAUGUCUGAGCAUAUUUUGAAAACUCUCAAAAAUACAGACUGA